AUGUCGUCGCUCAAGGGUCCCUCCCCUCAACACCACGAUGGCUCUAACCUGCGCAUCGCCAUCGUCCACGCCCGCUGGAACUCUACCAUCAUCGAGCCCCUCGUCACCGGCGCAAAGGAGAAGCUCCUCGCCAGCGGCGUCAAGGAGUCCAACAUUGUUGUUCAGUCCUGCCCCGGCUCUUGGGAGCUCCCCAUUGCCGUCCAGCGCCUCUUCUCUGCGUCCCAGAUUCAGGGUACCGCUACUGGCGGUCCCUCCGCGACCGACCUUCUCGCCUCGUCGACCCCAGACCUCUCUACUCUCCCUGCGUCCUCGGGCCCCUUUGAUGCCAUCAUCGCCGUUGGCGUUCUCAUCAAGGGCGAGACCAUGCACUUUGAGUACAUCGCCGAGUCUACCUGCCAGGGCCUGAUGAGGGUCCAGCUUGACACUGGCGUCCCCGUCAUUCUCGGCGUCCUGACCGUUCUCACCGAAGACCAGGCCAAGGCUCGCGCCGGUGUCGAGGGCAAGGGUCACAACCACGGCGAGGACUGGGGCCUGGCUGCUGUUGAGAUGGGCGUCAAGAGACGGGAAUGGGCCAACGGAACCAUCGACGGUUAA